GAAACGUCAUCAAACGACUCUUAACUGCCACGUCAUCAGAUGCCCCGUCACCGCAUAAACAGAAAAGAUGGCCGCCUCCGUCCGGGAGAAGCAGGCAGCUGCCUUGAAGCGCAUGCUAAAUUUCAACGCUCCACCAUUGAAAACCACCGCUGCUGAGCCAGUAUGGAAGGUGCUGAUUUACGACAGGUUUGGUCAGGACAUAAUCUCACCACUUCUGGCAGUAAAAGAACUUCGGGACAUGGGGAUUACUUUGCACUUGUUGCUUCAUUCGGACAGAGAUCCCAUCCCUGACGUGCCAGCCAUCUAUUUUGUUAUGCCAACAGAGGAGAACAUUGACCGGAUAUGCCAAGACCUUCGCAACCAGCUGUAUGAGUCUUACUAUUUGAACUUCAUCUCAGCCAUAUCUAGAAGUAAACUGGAAGAUAUAGCCAGUGCAGCGCUUUCAGCAAACGCCGUCUCCCAGGUUACCAAGGUCUUUGAUCAAUAUUUGAACUUCAUUACACUUGAAGAUGACAUGUUCAUCCUCUGCAAUCAAAAUAAAGAGCUAAUCUCUUACCAUGCAAUUAACAAACCGGACAUCAUGGACACAGACAUGGAGGCCAUCAUGGAUACAAUAGUAGACAGCCUUUUCUGCUUCUUUGUCACUCUGGGUGCUGUCCCGAUAAUUCGCUGUCCAAGGGGGAAUGCUGCCGAGAUGGUUGCGGUGAAACUUGACAAGAAACUGAGGGAGAAUCUGCGCGAUGCCAGAAACAGCCUGUUCACUGGAGACAACAUGGGGGCCAGUCAGUUCAGUUUCCAAAGACCCUUGUUUGUACUCGCUGACCGCAACCUGGAUUUAGCUACCCCCCUCCACCACACAUGGACCUACCAGGCCCUGGUCCACGACGUGCUGGACUUCCACCUGAACCGAGUCAGUAUGGAUGAGUCGGUGGGCUCCGAAGCCUCCCCAGCUGGAGCCCGACCCAAGAAGAAGAACAAGAAAAGUUAUGAUCUCACAGCUUCAGACAAGUUCUGGCAGAAACACAAGGGCAGUCCGUUCCCGGAGGUGGCUGAAUCAGUACAGGAGGAGUUAGACACGUAUCGAGCCCAAGAGGAUGAGGUGAAACGCCUCAAGAGCAUCAUGGGUUUGGAGGGUGAAGAUGAGGGAGCCAUUAGCAGUAUUAGCAUGUCAGACAACACGGCUAAACUCACUUCAGCUGUCAGCUCCCUACCUGAGCUUCUGGAGAAGAAGAGGCUGAUUGACCUCCAUACUAACGUAGCCACCGCUGUUCUGGAUCACAUUAAGAGCCGUAAGCUGGACGUGUACUUUGAGUAUGAGGAGAAGCUGAUGAGCAAAUCCACUCUGGACAAGUCUUUACUGGACAUUAUUAGUGAUCCUGAUGCGGGAACACCAGAAGACAAGAUGAGACUGUUUCUGAUUUUUUACAUCACAGCCCUGCAGCCCCCCUCAGAGACUGACCUGGAACAAUACAAGAAAGCACUGCUAGACAUUGGCUGUGACCUGUCCCCCCUGAACUACAUAAAGCAGUGGAAGGCUUUCACGAAGAUUGCAGCCACACCCUCUAACUACGGGAACAGCGGUGUGAAGCCUAUGGGCCUCUUCUCCAGAGUCAUGAACUCCGGCUCCCAGUUUGUCAUGGAGGGGGUGAAAAACCUGGUACUUAAACAACAUAACCUGCCGGUCACCCGUAUACUGGACAACCUGAUGGAGAUGAAGUCCAAUCCAGAGACUGAUGACUACAGAUACUUUGAUCCUAAAAUGCUACGAGGCAGCGAGAGCUCAAUCCCAAGGAACAAGAACCCAUUUCAAGAGGCGAUUGUCUUCAUGGUUGGAGGAGGAAACUACAUUGAAUAUCAAAACCUGGUGGACUACACAAAGGCUAAGCCAGGGAAGAAGGUGCUGUAUGGUUGCAGUGAGCUAUUCAAUGCAGGACAGUUCCUUAAACAGCUUUCUUCACUUGGCCAAAAGUAAAAGCAAGAAAGCAUGAACCUUUAAUUUUCUUGGAUUCCAUUUCUGAAAAAUAUUCACAACUGCUUUGAAGACCUUCCGAAUCACAGAUGAUCGUUUCCAGUUACUCUAUGUCCUGACUCUGAUAUUCCAUGUAUUUUAUAAAGUGUACUAUACUUACAUUGCUUGUCUAACGAACGUCUUUACACACUCAACAAAUAAAGUUUAACAGUCUUACUCAAAA